AGGGAGGGAGAGAGCAAGAGAUUAAAAAUAACUGAUUUGUUUAGUCAAGGUUCAUUUGAAAAACGGCUGGAAAAUUAAGGGGAAAAGGCAGCAAAAUUCUGAUAGUCAAGGAAACACAUUGUAACACACUUAGAAACUAAAGCUGCUACUCUUCUGCUUGAUUUGGGAUUUACCUUGUGGACCUGAGAUCAGCUCAAGGCAAAGCGUGUGAGUGCAUGCCUAAAGUGUUGAGACACCAUCUUUUGAAGAUCUGACAGGCAUCAAUCCCAGCUGGAACACAAUGGCAGACACCUCACAAUACCUGGUCAAUCACCUGGUGACCUUCUCCCUGCAGAAUGGGGAGGUGCGGAGCGUGGAGGAGGCUGUGUCCCGCCUCUCCCACCUGGCCCGCACUGACCGGCUCUGGAGUCAGGAGAUGCUGCUGGAGGUCAGCUCGGAGGCUGUCAGGCUGAGGGACGCCCAGAACCAGGAGGAGCUGGAAGCAUUCCAUGUGUCCUCUAUCCACCGCUGUGACGCCAUACUCACCGAGAAACAAUUCCCCUCCCUCCUUCUCCUCGUCUGCCAAUCUGCACCUCACAAAAAACCUGAUGUUCUUUUCUUCAACUGUGAGACAGUGGGGGCGGAGCUUAUCCGAGGUGACAUCAUCCUCACAGUGUCCGAUUAUACGUCAAAGACCAGCAAGCAUCCUGAGGCUCUAAGGGCUAACAAGGCUCGGAUGCAGCAGCAGCCUGCAGUACACCCUGCCGGGAUCCCCCAAAACUCAGGAGCUAUCAGGGUGAUGGGACCCCUGGGCAUCCCCAACCCCCCACUGCCACAUGCCCCCAAUCCACCACCACCCAACCCUCCACCUUACCCUGGAACCAAAGCUAAUGGAACAACUCAGCAGGCAGACACAUCUCUCCAGCGGGCUCAGAGAGAAGUGGACAUCCUCAAUCACUGUUUCGAUGACAUUGAAUUCUUCAUGGGAAAGCUACAGAAGUCUGCCGAGGCAUACAGUGUGCUGAGCCAGAGGAACAAGAAGAAGAAGAGUCGCAAAAAGGAAGCUGAGGAUGACUUGCUGACUCUGAGGGCUCGUGCUCCUGCAGAAGAAGAAUUUGUUGACAUCUUCCAGAAAUUCAAGUACAGCUUCAGCCUGCUGGCACGCCUGAAGUCUUGCAUUUCAAACCCCACCUCAGAGGAGCUGCUGCACCACAUCUUCGUACCUCUGGACAUGAUUGUGAGAACCACCGGAGGGCCUGCACUGGCAGCCUCUGUGUCCACUCCAGCGAUGACGAGCGGAGCCGUGUCACUCCUGUCCGAAAACCUGACGGAUGAGGAGCGGCAGCUGUGGACAACGCUGGGGACAAACUGGACCCUCCCACGUUCUCAGCUCAGGGGUCCAGUGCCCCCCUACACUCCUGUCUUCUUGGAUGGCUGGAAACCUGAAGCCAUUGGGCCAGGAGGACAGCCUUGGGAUGACCCAAUAGAGUCACAACACAAGCAGGACGUGCUGAGAGAAAAACAAGAACUGUCUGCCAAUCAGUCAGCUGUACCCCUAAAGCCAUCAGCACAAACCAGUGAAGAGCAGGACGGCAGCAGCCUUCCACCUGGGGCAGACAGACUGUACCGCUGCAGCUAUGACUUUGUGGCCCGAAACAGCAGCGAGCUCUCUGUGCUACAAGGAGAGAUGUUGGAGGUGGUUGAGUCAUCAAAACGGUGGUGGAAGUGUCGUAACCGCUUUGACCAGAUUGGCUUUGUGCCCUUCAACAUUCUGGAGCCUCUGUCAGCCCUGAAUGACACACAGUCAGACAAACCUGCCCCACAAAAACAACCCAAGGAUUCUCCUUCCCCACACGUGACCAGGGCCACAUACACCCCUCCUGCCCCGCCACCCCUGAACCCUGACCCCUCGACCCUACGACCCCGCAGCAUGCCACCACAUACCCAGCACAGCCCGUCCGCAGAAGACAUGGACAAAGUGAUGGUGAUAAACGAUGAGCUCUUACAGAGGUUGACGAACGGGAAAGCCAACAUUGCUCGUCCGCUGGUCAUUCCCCGUUCCACAGACACCUCCGUCCCAUUGGACUACCACUCCCUGCCUUCUGAAGUGGAAGAGUGGCUGCGGGGGAAGGGCUUCAGUGAGCCGACAGUGCAGUGUCUGGGAGUGCUGACUGGAGCUCAACUUUUCUCUCUCAAUAAAGAUGAGCUUCGCGCUGUAACGCCAGAUGAGGGCGCCAGAGUCUACAGUCAGAUCAUGGUGCAAAAGGCACUGCUGGAGGAUGCUCACAAAGCCACAGAGCUGGAGGCAGUAAUGGAGAAACAGAAGAUGAAGGUGGACCUCAAAAUGGAGAGCAGCAUACUGUGACUGACACCAAUCAGUGCACAGACCACAGACACACUGGUCACUACAUACAUACCAACCUACCAAUGAAUAUAGGCACUCUACCCCCCCCAGACACUGAUCAUGAUACACUGAAGCGUAUCCUGAGAAACACGGAUAAAAACAUGCAGAUACUGGAAUACACUGACCAAUGGAUGCACUUGCACAUUGACUGAAAUUCUUCAAUGCUGGAUGACCUGCUCUUGCUGUACCAAACAGUGAACGAGCUUUCAAAUUAAGACUUUUGGGGAGCAUUUUUUGAGAGGAAGAAAACCCUGAGAACAUUCUCAUAAUGAUAUGAACCCCUUCUCUGCUGUAUCUUCAAAUUCACUUUGAUCAGUAUGAACCCUGACAUAUGCUGUAUGACCUUAUAAAGACUUCAGCAGGGACACCAAGGCUGUUCAUAUUGUGCCUUUUCUGUGACAGCCAUAGCUUUUUUGGUCUUUUUGCCACACCCACAGUCCAUCCACUGUUAACAUCUUAUUUUUAGGAAUUAUGCCUUCUGAGCUCUGUCAUUGGAUUGGAUGUACAGUGUAAUAUUGUGAUUCCAUUUACUGAUUAUAAUCUCCAAUUAAAGUACAAGUAUUUUUUUCUGAUUCCUCACUGAGCCUCUGCAGGACAUACAACAGCCAAAUUCAGAAACAGGAUUUUAUUGAAACUGAGACAGAAGUGAUCAUUUGCAAGGUUUCUCUUAAAAUUGGUCUUUUGUAUUUACAGCUUCUUACCAGCAAUAAAAAACAAUGAAUCAAACUGACAAGCUAAUGGAGUAAAAGAAUACAUAAAUUUAAGGUCAGCUGUAAUUCACAAUUUCAAAUAAAUAAAACGAUAUGACAAUAAAACUACUUUUGUGUUGAAUGUAACAAACACAGGGGCCUUUUCAACUGAUGCAAGGGAAGGCAAAUGACCAUGAAGUUACAGACAAGCCCCUUAGCAAACAUUUGAAGAAGGGGGGGGAAGGUCUGACUUGCAUUAAAAUCAAUCACUUAAGUAAUCACUUAAGAGGUCUGCCGGGAAGCUGAAGCAUUCAGACCACUCAAAUUCUGCUUCAGAUAUCAGACCCAGCCUUUGAAGCCUUGCGAAUGCAGGAGCAAACUCAGCAGGGGGACACAGUAAAACUAAGAGGCAUAAUUAAGCAUAACGCCUAGGUACAUGCAGAAUUCACUGAAGCUUACCAUACUCCUACCAUACAGCUGUACUGUAUCAGACUUCAAUGCAAUGUUUACUUAUGUUGAUUACAUACAGGAUAAAAGCAAUAAUGUCAGAAAUUAAAUUUUCAAUGUCAAAAAAAAGACAACCAUCAUGCCUCAUCCCAUUUCCAUUUAUCAUUAAACACAAUCACAAGGAAAUGAAACAUAGAAAAGAAGGUUUAUGGCAUUUAAAUACAGAACAGGGUAUAAAAUUUACAAUUCCUACAAUCACUUGAACAAUUUCUCCAUGGGCCACCUACAUUUAUUUUCCCCAUUUAUAUAGGCUAUACAAUAGAAGUCCACAAUGACUGAAAACUUAGGCCCACAUGCUGACUUCAAU